GAAUCCGGUCUCGUGUUUGCAAACUUGGAUUUCUUCACGGCGACUCCGCCAGCCGCCCUUUGUUGUGCCCCAUCGGCAAAGUCGACUGUAGGUCGGCUAAACAUUGGCUAUUCCCGCAACAGUUGUCAGUUACAAUCGAUUCGUCGUGAAACAUGUAUCGCGUAUUCGUAGAUCCUCGAUAUUAACGUCAACAGUGGCUCUGAAAUUUAAUUAUUGGAAUGUUCAUUCAUGCAAGACAAUUAUGUGUUAAAUAUUACUACGAUUAGAUCUCGAGUGUUUCAUUUAAUGCUUUUAACACGUAACAUCUUUCUACCAUACUAUAGACAAAAAUGAGAGUGAAAACAGCACCCAAACAGCGAAUGAUUCAAAACAACGAGGAUACUGAUUCAGUGCCUGAACCGAAUCAAUGUUUUUCAAACGAUGAACGAGAAGAAACAUUAGAGGAUUCUGAUGACGUAUCGUGUACGUCAAAUACUUGUAAGAAUGACAGUUUAAACAAGAAUCGAUCAGUUAAUCCAGUUGAUAUUGGGGAAGAAAAGGAAGAGGCGGUGAAUUAUAGCCAGGAAGUACUGGAUAUGUCGAUUAAACAUAAGAGCGAAACACCAGAGGGUUCUUCAACUACCUGCUCCAUGGCUGGUCCAUCGAGUUGUGAAUAUUCAUCUUCACUUUUAAAAGAGGAGAGCGAUAUUAAUUCCGACAAUAAUAACAUAUUAAUAUCAAACGCAAACAUGGUCAAUUCCUAUUCAUUGACUACUUGUUCUUGCAUGGAUCCACCAAGUUCCUGCAAAGACAAAUCGAACGCAUAUUUCAGUGACGAGGAUCAAUCUAUCAAAGCAGUGAACUUAUGCAAGAAAGAUUGUUCCAAAGAAGAUUCGUUAAGCACAGUUGGAGGAUCGGAUGAAAAAUUAAAAGACACUUUUCUUUAUAAAAUCAUGACAGAUCCGACGUUUCUAGAGAACAUUAAGCACAAACAAUCGAAGAGGUACACGUGCCAAUUUUGCAAACAAGAAUUUGUAAAUGAAGACGAAUUAGCUGACCAUAUGGACGUUAAGAAGGACGAAUCAAAUCAAGUGACUUGUUGCGCUUGCAAAAAGACUUUUGCACAAAAACGGUACCUGAGGUACCAUCAAAGAUGUCACUUGGAGAGGACCAAGUACAGCUGUGAUCUUUGUACAAAAAAAUACACUAGAUUAGAUAAUCUAACUAGGCACAACGUUUUUCACGUGAAUCCGGAUAAAUUCCCUUGUACCUACUGCGAGAAAACUUUUGCAAGAAAGGAUUUAUUGAAUAAACAUUUAAAGUCCCAUGAAAAUAGGUACCGUUACUUCUGUGAACAUUGUUGUAAAUAUUUUAAGGGUCCUGUUAUGCUUCAGAAUCAUAACAAGAUAUAUCAUAAAACGUCUUAGAUUCUGAAUUGUAGGUGUAAGGAUCAGGUGCAAUUAUAAUUGUUCGAGGUAACGAACGAAAAAUAAAGUGAAACGUAGUUGUUUUA